AUGCCGCAGCGCACCAGGAGCCGAGGGAGUGACGACCCAAAUGCUCCGACACCUGGCCGCCAGCGAGCAUCAGCGCCUGCUCGACUGCUACAACGACAUCUGGCGGUCAGGCCAGGGGCCGGAGACAUGGCGCACAGUCAUCGUGGCCCCCAUCCUGAAGGCCGGAAAGCCGGCUGGAAACGUGAGCUCCUAUCAGCCUGUCUCCCUCACCUCCGCCACUUGCAAGGUGAUGGAGGCAAUGGCUGUGGUCUGACUGGACUGGGUGGCCCGUGCCUAUGGCUUUUUGGCCAACGAGCAGUGGGGUUCCGGCGGCAACGAUGCACCGCGAACUCCAUUGCGGAUGUGGUCUACACACUGGAAGGGGCCAAGGCCUGCGGUGACACCCUGCUCCUGGUGCUUGUCGACAUCAAGGGGACCUUCGAUGGCCUGCCCCACCCAGUUGUUCAGCAGGCCCUGGACCUACUUGGCAUCAACGGGAACUUGCGGCGGUUCAUCUCGUCGUUCCUACAGGAACGCACCUUCAGGGUACGAGUGGGCCAAUCGAGGAGCUCCCCUCGGCCGGUGGCAGGGGGCAUCCUACAAGGGUUGGUGGUGAGCCCAUUCCUGUUCAACCUGGCACUGGCCUGGCUUCCUGCUGCCCUGCUGAUCGGACUAAUAGCCGCGCGCAAAAAGCCACGUCCUCCUCGGAAGACCGAGGCCAAGCUGCUCCACCCCAGCGCAGCUGCCCGCCACACAGCUGUCCGGUUGCACCUGGGAGGCGUUCAUUCACCAUGGAGCACGGCAGUGACGUACCUGGGACUGCACCUUGAUCACCGGCUGUCCUGGUUGCCUGCUGUCAAGACCCUGCAUGUCCAGGUCCUCCGAGACCGCAAGGCAGUCUCCCAGCUUCUUGCCCGACGACAGGGCUGUACCACUGGGUGGGCUCUGUGGCAGUACGAUGCAGCAGCCACCUCACGCCUGCGGUACGCCCUCUCACUCGUGGCACUACCACCUGCCCGUGUCAUGAAUCUGGAGCUGCAGCAUCGGGCCGCAAUUAGGCUCUGCCUGAGUGCUCCCCGCAGCUCCCAAGUCGCUGCAACCUUGGCCGAGGCAGGAGCAUGGCCCCUGCUACUCCUCCUCCUGCAACAAGGGCUACGCCAUGUUGACCGCCUCCACCAUGGCCCAGACGGCAGUGCCCUACUGUCCCGACUGCGCUCGCGGCCCCAUUCACAAAUGGGCAGAAUCUGUGGGCUGUACGAGGAGGUGAUUGGGAGGCCUCCAGCGAACAAUACAAAGCUGGCUCCUCCCCAGAGACCACCCAUACCUCUCACCACAGUGCUGCCCGGCGUUUUCAAACGGCGCUCCCCGACUUGUGCCCUUCAGCAGACGGCUGCCUCCCUCCUGCAUGAGGACCACGGAGAACCCCUGCAGACCUACGUUGACGGCUCAGGUAUGCCGGACUCAGGCUCGUCGACUGCGGCCUGCGUGGUGUCCGUCUUGAGGAAGGGCAAGCAGUGUCACCUCCCCGAUCAUGCGCCGUCAACAGCGGCAGAGGUAGCUGGCCUCCUCCUGGCUGUGGACUUACUCAUGGAGGAGCUGCCAGCGACCCCAGUUACCAUCUGCUGCGACUCCAAGGUGGCACUUCUCAGCCUGCAGGGGCCAGAAAGUGCCAGCUUUGGGGUCGCCCUGCUUUCGACAAGGGUGAUGGCGCUCCAGGAAGCGGGCUGCUCAGUGUCCCUGCACUGUCACCCAGCCCACGUAGGGACAUCGGGCAACGAGGAAGCUGGUUCACUGGCAAAGCGUGCCCAAUACUGCGUGGUCCCGCCCAGCCUGGCAGUAACAGCCAAUGAUUUCACAAGCCAUAGGCUUCGACGCCAUCUGCUGACCUGCCGUCCGGACAAGCGAAUGUCCUUCGGCCGCCCCCCGCGAACACUUCCACAGCGCGGCCUCGAACGCAGGGACACCUCCUUCCUUCUGCGACUGAGGACUGGCUGCUGUUGGACGGGUGCUCGCCGCCAUCGGCAUGGCCUUAUCGCAUCUCUAGCCUGCGCCUCCUGUGGGAAGCGUGAGACCGUGGAACACCUCCUGCUGGCCUGUCCUGCUUACCUGCAGCAGCAUGGCGGCCUCCUGCAGGAGAUCCGACGCCUGGAGCUUCUUUCUGCAUGGCAAGAAGACAUAUUCCUUGGUCGCAACGAGCUACCUGCCCUCCUAAGUGUUGUCGAGUACCUCGACUUAUCGGGGCUCUCGUUGAGACUCUAG